AGAAGGCUUCGCCCAUAGCAACAGCAAAGAUACUCAUUGGCAACAGCGAAACCUCAAACCAUAGAUAGAGCUAUAUAUAUAAAAGCCUCAAACGAUGAGGGCAGCGUCCUAGUGAUACUGAUCGAAAAGGGGUUAUUCAAUGUGAUUUCUUUAUCGUUUCUGAAAUGGAGAAAUUGCAGGCGGAAGAUGCACGGUAUUUGAAAAGGAAAAUCAAGGGUGGCAGUUUGGACGUGCAUCCUACUGAGAAAGCCCUUGUUGUUCAGUAUGAAGUGGAGGCCACUAUCCUUGGAGAAACGGGGGACCCCAUGAUCGGGGAAAGAAAAGAAUGUCAGAAAAUCAUCCGCCUCAAAAGCUUGAACGUCAACACAGACAUAGCUUCUCUCGCUCGCAAGGUUGUGGAAGAAUGCAGGCUCAUACAGCCGUCCAAGCUACCAGAGGUGGAGCAACUGCUGUUCUACCUGCAGAACCGCAAGAAAACUGACAAACGAGAGAAACGACUUUCGUCAAAAGACAUCUCUCCGUUCGAGGGCAUGGAGCUGGACGAGGAGGCCAACAUCAACAGCAUCGACGAGUACGUGGAGCUCUUGUACGAAGACGUCCCCGAGAAGACACGAGGAGCCACUCUCAUCCUCCACCUGGCUCGCAACGCCGACAACCUGGAAGAGCUCCUGCAGAACGAGACCGCCCUGGGAGCGCUGGCCAGAGUGCUGAGGGAGGACUGGAAGCAGAGUGUGGACCUGGCAACCACCAUCAUCUACAUCUUCUUCUGCUUCUCCAGCUUCUCCCAGUUCCACGGCCUGAUCACCCACUACAAGAUCGGAGCGCUGUGCAUGAAUAUCGUGGAGCACGAACUGAAGAGGUACGACCUCUGGCAGGAGGAGCUGCAGAAGAAGAAGAACGCCUAUAUCGAAGACCCCGAAAACCAGAACUUGAAGAAGGAUCACGAGAAAGCCUUCAAGAAGUACCAGGGUCUCCUGGCCAAGCAAGAACAGCUUCUACGAGUGGCCCUGUUCCUGCUGCUGAACCUGGCGGAGGAUACUCGCACAGAGCUGAAGAUGAGGAACAAGAACAUCGUGCACCUGCUGGUGAAGACCCUGGAACGGGAGGACGAGGAGCUGCUGUUGCUGGUGGUGUCCUUCCUGAAGAAGCUCAGCAUCUUCCUGGAGAACAAGAACGACAUGGCGGAGACCUACGCUGUGGAGAAGCUGUCCCGGUUCGUUCCUAGCGGGCACGAGGAGCUCCAGUGCACCACCCUUCGUCUCCUCCUCAACCUCUCCUUCGACACUGGCCUCCGAGGCCAGAUGGUCGAGGCCGGCCUCAUCCCCAAGCUGUCCGCACUGCUCGCUGACGAGGACCAGAGGUCGCUGAGCAUGGGCAUCCUGUACCACAUCAGUGUGGACGACAGAUUCAAGUCCAUGUUUGCCUACACAGACUGCAUACCGCAGGUAAGGCUGGCUAAUGUACGGCCGCCUGGAGCCACGCGUGGCAUUAGCAUCGGCGGCUAA